AUGGACCCUGUUGCCGGGUUAACAGAUACCCGAACCUCUGCACCAUCGGUCGAUAUCGCCCAGCUCGUCCGGACCGUCGACCCCACGAGUCAGGCGGCCCCAUCGCCUCACAGCCUCCUGCUGCCCGGCCUCAAUGUUCGGCUCUCCGAACAGCUAGUCCAGCUCGGCCGAGUUCCGGUGGCUGCCAGGUCUCGUCGCCUCGUCCAUAUCACCAAUCUGGCCUCAUCUACUUCACCCACUAUCUACCAAUUGGCCUGGAGACACCGCAACGUUGAGGACGUACAGGUUUGUUACCACCCACUCAUUGCCAUCAGCAAGAAGUACAACCAUUCCCGCUUCCCAGGUCUGCUACAAUCCUCCUUCCAGAACCAGAAAUAA